AUGAAAAGUGAUAAGGAAAUAUUAAAUAUACUAAGACGAUACAAAGAAGCAAAAGUUGAAUUAAAAAAAUAUUUAAGUUGGAUUGAACAAAUUAAAUUAGAAAUGGUUUUGUCUGCAUAAUCAGAAAGAUAAUCGAAUUAUUAUAGAAUGCAGAUUUAGGGUAUAGAUAAUAAGCUCAAACAUGGCAACUACCCUACUAGUGAAUCUUUGACCGACGAAGUUUAAACUAAAUGCAAUUAAAUGACUUUUUAAUCCUAGCAAUAAGAAUUAAAUUAAGACAAUGUUAGGGAGUUUAUUAAUAAAUACGAAAAAAUGCUGGUCCAAAAAGAACAGUAACAGCAUAUCAAUUAAAAUUCAGGCUAAACUCUAUUAAUCAACAGAGAUUCCAAAUAACAUUUUGGAACAAGCACUAUAGAAGACAUGUUUAAGCUAUCUUAGUCUUAAUAAGAAUCACAAUAAAUAAAUCAAUUCAGUUAUGACACUUCUAAUUUUGGAAAUGAUCACAUUGGUGGCAGAAGGCAAGGAGAGAACUACUUUAAUAAUUUGCAAAAUUAUUCAAAGGAUUAUGAAUAAGAACAGAGCUUAUAAUCAUCGAAAUGUUUUAAAGAUUAUAUGAUAACUUAAGAAAAAGUGGAUGUAAGCCAUAAUCAAAAUAAACAAGAAUAAAAAAAGUCGUUUGAAUAGUUUUAUCAAGAGCAUGUAGAAGAAGAAAUUAACAAUAUUCAAAUGGAAAUAGAAGAAAUGCAAAGAUUUCUACAAAGGGUUUAAACUGCAAAAGAUAAAUUAACAAAUAGUUUUCAAGAUCUUUAAUAAAUUCCUGUUAUUAAUAGAGAGAGCAGUGAGAAGUCUAUCUAAAAAGUAACAGAAGAUCUUAAGUUGAUCGAUAUUAUAAAAUAAAAUAUGAUAAAGUAGAUGGAAAACAACAUAGAUUCAGAUAAACUUAAAAAACUUAGAAACAUGAAGCAUUAAAUUUAAUUAUACUUUAAUAAUGUAGAAGAUGAAUUACUCAAAAUAAAUGAAGAAGCAUCUGUUGGUUAAUGA